AUGGAUUCUCUGGCCAACGACACGGACGGACUGGAGAACUCCUUGAAGUACUCUAAGUGUGACCAGACGGAGAAGAUGUGGAUUAGGCUGAAAGGAAUAUUGAUAGAUGUCGGUGAAGCAAACUGGAUAAAAGGGGAGGUGAAUGUCGUAGAUCGCUUGAGGAAAAACAUUGAAUAUGCUGCAUCGGUUCUGGAAGCCGUGUACAUUGACGAAACUAGGCGGCUUCUGGACACAGAGGAUGAGCUCAGUGAUAUCCAGGCAGACUCUGUGCCCAUGGAGGUGCGAGAUUGGCUGGGUCCCUCCACCUUCACAAGGGAAGAUGGGAGUGGUGCGCAGACGGCCGGAAGAGAAGCCCCGGUUUCGCAGCAUCGUUCACGCUGUUCAGGCUGGGAUCUUUGUUGAGCGGUAUCUAUUCUGUUGUUCACCAUGAUCAGAAAUGAUUUAUAAUUAUGUUCAACAUGACCAAAGUGAUUCUAAAUUAUUAAUUUAAUAAUAAAUGGGUUGUGAUUUAUGCUAAGUUAAUCAUUCUCAGUAAGAAUUUACCCAAAAUCUCAUGAUAAUAUUUAUUGAAGGGUUUUGAUGUAGUUCGCCCAAAAAUGAAAUUUUUGUCACCAUGUAGUCACCCUCAUGUCGUUCUGAUAUUUUUUGAAAAAUGCUGGUAAUCAAACAGU